AUCAACUUUCGAAUCCUUAGGGAGCAGCUUGUUCGGAAAUUGCAUUCAAGACGGUUCGAACUCAACAUACUUGAUUGCUCAAAAGCUCACACCAUUGAUCAAAAUGUCAAGGCCCAUGUGGAGAAAGCAGUGAAGGGCCGAUCAUCUGCCAUUGACAUUACACUGCGAAAAUACAAGGAGAAGCUAGAGCUUCUAAGGAGGCUUCAGACUACUUCUCCAGCCCACCAAAAUAAGUAUCUCCCACCUUCCCUCAGCCGUGACACCAUCCUCAAGUUAGAUGUAGAUCAAGAUCUUUGGCAAGAGUUCUUUGACUAA